GAUGUGUUGCAGAUGUUAUUGAAAGAAGUUGUUUACUGUGUUUCCCCUGAACCAACACAUCAGUCAUCGGAGAAGGAAGACAAUAGGUAUUUUAUCUUGAAUGUCAUAGUUUCAGAGAUCUUCUUUUGUUUAAGUGAUUGGUCAGCUCCCCCAUCUGUCUUUCUGGAAAAAUUCCUGGUGUUCCUUGUAGAUGCAUUGUCUGAGAAGGUCUGUGGCACUGGCAAAGCAUUUUUUCAGAAGCAUUCACUUCCACUGAUUCGUUUCAUUCCUAAACUGAUGAUGCAAGUGGAUGAUACUUGGAAAUCACACAUUCUCCAGGCUUUUACAGAGGUUUUCAAGAAGUGUGAUCCGGAGUCUUCAAUGAAAUUAGUUUGUCUUUCAGCAAUCGAAGAAAUGCUGUUUCCUGUAAGCCUGGCUGGCUGGCUGGUUAAAAACACGUGGGCAAAUGCAACAAGUGAUUCAGAAAUGUUGGAGUUCAAGAUUAGUUGGAUAAGAGAGAUUCCUUUGGUGCUAAGUCUGUUAGGUGAUAAAAAUCCUUUGUCGUCCAAGGCUGUGUUGCGCGUGCAGCUUGAGUUGGGACAAUGUGGUAUCAUGAAGUCGGAGUUUGACAGCAUGCAGUUGUCAUUGAGAGAAUUCUACAGUACAAGCCAUGAUGGUGAUGGAGAUAUUUCGUAUGGGGCGUUCAUGAAGCUGCCAAGAGAGAUUCAGGAAUCGGUGGCUGCUUGUUGCUUGUCUGAGGAUGUCGAUCCAUUUCUGUUAUUUCGGUUGUUGGAAGUUGUGAGUUGUGGGUACAGAGCUGGACACAUCCAGAUUGCUGACUAUAUUAGUUUUCUCAUCACGAUACCCUCACGAUACACAGUUUUUCCUGAACAUAGUGACAAGUCAAACUCUGGAUUAUUUAGGCGCGUGACUAGUGGUGUUUGCUGUUGCCUGUCUCAGAUUGGGGAUGAUCAUCUUGUUUUGAAGAUGGUAGAGGGAACGCUUAUUCAUCAGAUUUCGAAUAUGAAUACAACUAACGAAGCAGGCUUGGAGAAUGCAUGUGCAUUGCUUAGAAUGAUUACCAGACUUGAUUCCAAUCCCACAAGGCUUUCUGAAGAGAGCAUCUCCAAACUAGGCAACCUCCUUCCAGGAUACUUGCUCCAUGUUGUGUCUAAUGUUGGGAAGAGGAGGAUGAAGAAGCAGAAGAAGGGGUUACUAUGUUUUGCCGUGUUUUGUUUUGUUGUCUAG